AAUAAAAAAAGCAUUGCCUGGCAGUAUUUCCCACAUCUGAAGAGCUGGAGUACCACUCAGCUACAGACAUUACUACACUUUAAACACAAAAACCUCUCAGCCAGCCGAGGAGCUUCUGAUCCAGACUGAAGAGAAACAGGAUGAUGUCUUCCUCCUGGUGUUUUGGCUUUGCUGUCCUCCUCUUUGCCAUGUUUAUUCUGACACAUGCUAUAGAGGUCAACAGUAAAUCUGUUAAAAAUACUGCAAGUGACCAACAUGACAAUCCUGUCAUCCGUUCCAAGUCAGAGAAACUGGGGCUUCAGAGGAAGCUGGAUGGACUGAAUGCAGUGCGACGGAGUGGUAGGCCUCAGAAUGUUCGUAUUGUGAUUCAGAGCCAGUAUGAAAGGCCUGAGGUGGAGGGUCUUACCCCAGUGCGUUUAGAGGUGGGUCCUGGAGACAAGAGGAGGAGGACGCAUCUGAGGAAGAAGAGUCCUCAGUCUGGAUACAGAGAGCUUGAAAGGCAUAAAACUAAGGCUGUAAACGGCAGAGAACCUGAGCUAGCAGUGAAGGAGCAGGAGGUUUCCACAGUGCAGAUGACGCCCCUGAAGGAAGGAGAUGAUUCAGAUAAAAACAUGGUAUUUACUAUUGGCAUGGCACUGUUAGACCAUGAUGUUGAUAAGGCUGUGAUACAUAAGGCAGAUACACAGCAGCAGCCAUCUAAAAACACAGGAAGACUGCAGACAAGGAGCUCCAGCAGUGGGAAGAAAAUGACACCUUCCAAAAAAGCUGCAGGCUGUGAUCAUCAUUUGGACUGUGUCCCAGGUUCCUGCUGCAACCUCAGAAAACACCUUUGUGAACCUCACAGCCGGGGCCUCAACAAUAAAUGCUAUGAUGACUGUAUGUGUGAAGAAGGGCUCCGGUGUUUUGCUAAAUUUCAUCGCAAUCAUCGAGUCAUUCACAAAAAGGGACGCUGUGUUGAUCCUGAGUUUUUAAACAAUGUACAUGCACCGUCAUACACUGCUGUCUGACAGAAACACAUGUUCUCACUUUAAUGUAUAAAAUGUUUGGCAUUGUGUUUUUCUAGUGUUUGGCCGUGUAUUUUACUUGGUUUGGCAUACCCUACAUAAUUACCAAGAGCAAGCCUACUGACCAGCAUGACCAACCUGGUUGCCCAGUUAAAUUACUACUUAUUAAUAGUUAUUGCCGUUCUAUUUUUAAUAUUAUAAAAGAAUUAUAAAAUAAUUUAUUCCAGCAAUUAAUACUCUGUUGGGUGUGAAAGACUCAAAUCAAUCAAAUAAAUGCAUAGGCACUAAUAAUAUGGACCAGACCAAAGAUGUUACUGAAUUGCUAACAAAGAUGCUCUUAAAAUCCCAAAUCAGGAAAACAAAGAGAGUUUGCAAAAUGCAAAUAAAAAAUGCAAUGUUUUUUCUCUUACUUUGACUUUUUUACAGAAGUAAAAAAAUAAAUAAUGCUACAUUUAUACUUAAAGCUACAUCUUGAUUCCUGUGUUAAACGUGUUAGAAUAAUGAAAGAUCUUCUAUGUCUCCUAUGUUGUGACUAAAUAGUAAUCAUUUUCUCUAUUCUGCUCUGAUUUGUCACUAGUAUGUAAUCACUAAUUGGCUACUGUAAAAUGUGUUUUUUCUCUUUGAUAGGUGCUGUUAUAUUCCAUUCUCUUUUCUGAUUGGCUCUUAGAAUUUUUACCUUUUGUAAUACUGGCUUGGGUAUUUUCAACGAUUUUCCAUUGUAUAUUUAGCUUGUAUAAUUUUUGUCAUAUUUCUUUCAAUUAUCUGAUUGGUUGCUGAUAUUUUUGUGUGAUGAGAUGUAUACAUAAUAUUGUAUUAUAUUUUACUUUUAAAAUUAUUACUAUAAAUAUUACCUGUACAAUUUCAUUUUUUAAAUUGUCAAUUAUGUCGUUCUGCUCACUUCAAAAAAUAAAACCUUGUAUAUAUUCCAUAAAAUAA